UCCAGGCAAUCGUCGAGCACCACCAGCAACUCUCAGUAAUAAUUAUCGAGCACCACCAGCAGCACUCACCUCGUCACAAGUGUCGUGCACCACCAGCAACACUCACCUUGUCACAAGUGUCGACCACCACCAUCAACACACACCUCGUCACAAGUGUCAAGCACCACCAACAACACACACCUCGUCACAAGUGUCAAGCACCACCAACAACACUCGCCUCCUCACAAGUGUCAAGCACCACCAACAACACACACCUCGUCACAAGUGUCAAGCACCACCAACAACACUCGCCUCCUCACAAGUGACAAGCACCACCAACACUCACCUCCUCACAAGUGUCAAGCACCACCAACAACACUCACCUCCUCACAAGUGUCGACCACCACCAACACUUAACCAACACAACAAGCAGGUGGGACUCACUGCACUGACCUACAACUUGUGGAGUUAACUGAGAGAAGCAAAACCUCUGGAAACUGAACGUAGCUGGAAAAAAAAGAGCGCCAGUCAUGAAGCUGUGUACUCUUCUCUGUACCUUCACUACCAGCAUGACUCUGGUUUGUGUCUCCUGUGGCGACCCAGAGAAGAUACUGCUUGUUGGAGUUGAAGACAAGGAAGACAGACCCUUCACUGUCUUAGACAAAGACAAGGAAGACAGACCCUUCACUGUCUUAGACAAAGACAAGGAAGACAGACCCUUCACUGUCUUAGACAAAGACAGAGAAGACAGACCCUUCACUGUCUUAGACAAAGACAAAGAAGACAGACCCUUCACCGUCUUAGACAAAGACAAGGAAGACAGACCCUUCACUGUCUUAGACAAAGACAAAGAAGACAGACCCUUCACUGUCUUAGACAAAGACAAGGAAGACAGACCCUUCACCGUCUUAGACAAAGACAAAGAAGACAGACUCUUCACUGUCUUAGAUAAAGACAAAGAAGACAGACCCUUCACUGUCUUAGACAAAGACAAGGAAGACAGACUCUUCACUGUCUUAGAUAAAGACAAGGAAGACAGACCCUUCACUGUCUUAGACAAAGACAAGGAAGACAGACCCUUCACCGUCUUAGACAACAGACAAGGGAAAGGACAGACCCCACUGUGUUAG